AUGAAACUGUUCCAAACGUUAUUGGCCACCAUUCUGCUGCUGCUGCUGGUGGUCACUGCCAAAGUCCGCUUCCCUUUGGAAGAACAAGUGAAUCUGCUUUCUGCUUCUGCGGUUCUUCGGUUCUACCCCCAAGUGGUGGCCACCAUUCUUCGUCGUCACUUCAGCCAUUCCCACGAGGCCGUCCUGAUCCAGCAAGCGUUUCAAGCUAGUUCGUCCAGUUCGUUCCUGCAGCAGCAAGAUUUUAUCAACGGGAUGAUUCAGCUGUUGAACGGUGAUCUGGUUGUGCGGUUCUUCGAACCGCGAUCGGACCCCAUUCAUGCGCACCGCUACAAUGUUUUAGUCGUCGAUGGCCAUUAUGGCAGUUUUCGACGAAUCUAUGCGUCGAUGGAUUACAGAAAGUUUGAUUCUUCCGGUUACUAUCUGGUUGUGAUCGUUGGUGCGGUGGGGGACGGAUACGUUGGUGAUGUGAUCCAACGAAUGCUGGAAGAUCUUUGGGUAUUGGAUAUCUACAACGUUAAUGUUCUGCUUUCCAAAGGUGAGGAUGCAGUUCAGGUUCAUACCUAUUUUCCCUAUAGCCCAAAUCAGUGCGGGAAAGUGAAGCCCGUCGUUUGGUACAACAUAACCAGCAUGGCUGGAUAUGAUCUGGAUUUGUACCCAAACCGCUUGACGACCUUUCACGGAUGCCCGCUAAUUGGAGGAACUUUCGAGGCGAAGCCUUACACGAUCAUUCCUAAACAGGCAAACGAUUCUUCAACGCUUGUCGUCGGAGGUUUCGAGGGAGACUUGGUGAAUCUUCUAAUGGAAAGACUCAACUUCACAAUCCGGUAUGAGAUUGCACCGAACGGAUCGCAGUGGGGAUUCGCGAGGGAGCCCGGGAACAGUACCGGUUUGAUGAAGCUGAUCCAAGAGGAACAGGUGCACUUCGGGUUCGCUUGUUUGGCAUUUACCUACGAUCGUAAUCGCUACUUGAAAGCGGGACUAGCUCAUCACACCAGUCAGGUCCUCUUUGCUGUUCCAGCUGGAAGACCGUUUUCGGCCUUCGAAAAGUUGUUUUGUCCUUUCAGCGCUACGAUUUGGGCCCUAACGCUGAUUUGUUUGACCGCGGGAGUUGUUGUGGUUUUAGUUCUGCAAUUCACACCCCAGCAGACGCGUAACUUUGUCUACGGUAGCGAGACUUCAGCUCCGGUUCUUAACAUGCUGCAAGUCUACUUUGGCGGAGCCAUGCCUAAGCCUCCAAGACGGAACUUCUCACGAACCAUUCUGUUCCUGUGGAUAGGUUCCUGCUUUAUUCUCCGAACGCUCUACCAGAGUUCGCUCUAUCUGUACCUGCAGCGAACGAUGAACCAUGAGCCGCUGAAAACGAUGAACGAUAUUCAUCGCUCAGGGCUUCCCUACUACAUGAUGGAGAUUGGUGAACGAUACUUCAGAACAAUGCCCCACAUUCUGGAAAGAGUAAUCCACAUUCAGCCGGGCAGGGAUAGUUUGGGCCGGAUGAUCGACGGUCUAGGUCGGGGGCUAGUCGAGGGUGUUGUUCUGACCACCCAGGAUCAUGUAGCCUACCACAACAAGCUACGCUCGAAGCAGCAGUUUGUCCACGUGGCACAGAAGAACGUUGCCGCCUAUCCGGUUGGGUUCUACUAUCCGAAAAAGUCCAGCCUGAGCGAGGUUUUCGACGGGCAAAUUCGCUUCAUCAGCGCAUCCGGACUUGGAGAGUUUUGGGUGCGACGUUAUGGGGAUUAUGAUUUUUCCGAAAGAAGGCUAAGCUCUUCAACAAAGUUGAAGAGACUUAGCAAUCAACAUCUAGCCGGUGGAUACCAGAUUUACGUGGGUUGUUUAGCUCUUAGUUGUGCUAUUUUUGCACUCGAAUUACUUUCCGUUCGCUGGGAAGCGCUGAAAAGAGUUCUGCACAUUAUCGGUGAUUAG